GAAAGAGAGGAGAAGAUAGGACGUCGCAAUUUCAAUCUACUUUAUCUCCUCUAUAUUAUUUCCGUUUCCUCAAAAAUUGUCACAGUAACGAAUUGGACAGCAGAAGGUGUAGUCGAACAUAGAUAAAUUCGGAGCGAUCGAAUCUUUGACCGUGAAUUUUUUUUUUAGUUAUUCAACGUCCUUCUUUUCUGUUUAUAAACAAGCCAGUCGCUUGAGUGAAUAAAUUUACGCACAUUAAUAUAUUUUUUUGGAUUUAUUGGAGUGCAGUGAUUAUGAAUCUUUCAUUUGCUGGAUGUGGAUUUUUGGGCAUUUAUCAUGUAGGAGUUGCCUGUUGCUUCCGAAAGUAUGCCCCGCACCUGCUUUUGAACAAAAUUUCUGGUGCUUCAGCAGGCGCUAUAGCAGCUUGUUGCCUUCUUUGUGAUCUACCUCUAGGCGACUUAACCAGCAAUGUUCUCCGAGCAGCUACAGAGGCUAGAAAAAAGUCUCUAGGACCCCUCUCCCCCUCCUACAACAUCAACAAUCUGCUUUUGGAAGGUCUGGAAAAAUACCUGCCAGAUGAUGCCCACAUAAGGGUCAGCGGGAGGUUGCACAUCUCUAUGACCAGGGUAUGCGACGGAAAAAAUGUCAUAGUGUCCCAGUUCGACAGCAGAGAGGAGCUCAUUCAGGCUCUCUUAGCCUCUGCUUUCAUACCCAUAGUGUCAGGCAUAUGGCCCCCAAAGUUCAGGGGCUACCGCUAUAUGGAUGGAGGCUGCAGCGAUAACCUGCCUACCAUUGACGAAAACACCAUCACCGUCAGUCCUUUCUGUGGAGAGAGUGACAUCUGCCCGAGGGACGACAGCUCGCAGUUGUUCCAUAUAAAUGUAGCCAACACAAGCAUAGAACUUUCGAAGCACAACAUGUACAGAAUAGCGAGGAUACUGUUUCCGCCCAAGCCGGAGGUGUUGUCGAACAUGUGCAAACAGGGAUUCGACGACGCACUCAGAUUCUUGCACAGGAACAACCUCAUCAAUUGCACAAGGUGUCUAGCCGUUCAUUCGACGUUCGCCGUUUCUGAGAAGGACGAGAACCUGGAAUACGAUCCUCAGUGUCAGGAGUGUGUGCUUCAGAGACAAGAAGCCCUAGUAUCCAACAUGCCAGACACCGUAAUAAGCAUUUUCCAGGAAGCCAUAGAAAAAGCCAACAAGGGUCUACUCAAUUGGCUCUUCAAACACCGAGGAAUGAAGUUACUAUCCGUUUUGAGUCUUCCCUACACUGUACCUGCCGAUUUAGUCUACGCGACAAUAACAAAGUUUUAUAGAGUCAACAGAAAGCACUACGAGAUGUACAGAAGUUUGAUCAAUAUUCAAAUCACUAACGCCAUUGGAGAGCGUUAUGAAAUGAAAGAAUUGACGUACAGGAUGGUCAGAUUUAACCCUUUACAUAAUCAUUUGAUACGCGAGCAAAGGUUCAUGUCAGCCGCUCCCCAAUUGGGUAACAGCGUCUGGGAGGCAAGCAAAUACUGUAUGGACCAGAUGGGACAGAUCCUAAGUAAGGCGAACAGGUCAAAUCAGCAAAUGACGGCGCAGAUCUCAUGUCAAUUGGAUAUCACAGAAUAUGGAAACAAUUUCGAGGUGGAAUCCUGCCAAGAUUACGCAACUCAAAAUAAGAUGAACGUGAACUUUACGCUGAACAUCGACGAUAGUAGUGAGGUUCCACCUGCCGAAACCAGCACAGAUGUUAGUACAGUCAAGAAAACAAUACAGAAGCAGAAACCACCACCAAGCAUAACAAUAGAUGCUUGCGAAAUGGGUGCAGAUGCAUUUGAUAACAUUUUGAGGGUCACAUCUCAGCAUGAGACUAUUAUGAGCUAUUAUUAUUUGGACGAAAAUAACACUGUUCAAGUUACCGAGAUUUUCGACGUAACUGAAAGCGAUUCGCCGAUAGUUCAAACAGCACAAGAAAAAGAUGUAAAUAAAGCUCUAGAAUUCGACGACGAAGAUUGGGGUGCAACGCACUGGGAUGGUGAAGAUGAAAUAUGUGCCAAUGAACGAAAACGGAGUUUGGCUGAAAUUUCUGAGUACUCUCUCGAAGAUAUACUGGACAAAGAUACCAACCUAUUUUCUGACCCAGAAAGUGAGUGGAUUGGUACAUUCAAAGUUGAAGAACCGGAAGAUGAUGUGAAUAAUUCGUACAGCGAUUCAAAAAAUGACUCAAGGCCAGAAAGUGACCAACCAAUUCCUGUUACAAAUGAAAGCAAAAAUAAUUAUAGGCUAAGCUUUGUUGGUGAUGAUUGAAAAAGAACCGAGGUGGAAGUAAAUAAUUGAGACUGUUCAAGUUCCAAAAAAAAAACGAUUGUGAUAGCUAUCUUACCUGUAUUAUUAUUAUUAAUCAAUAAUGUAGAUUAGAAACUAAAUUAAUAGAAAAAUGUUUUUUGACAUUAUAUUUAUAUUAUUGUAUUAAAUACUAGAAGCUAUUUUUGUUAUGAAUUUGUAAAAUUGUUCAAUAAAAGACAAUUUUUUUUAA